CUCGCCGUUCAGCCUAUUGCGGCUGCCUGAGCUUGCCUAUCAUAUCACAAUGUAUUCAUACUUUCCUAGAGAUCAAUCUUGCUUCGUUAUGGGCGGCCCCAAGGGUGGGGUCUCGAUUUAGUCCAACUCACGAUCGCGACGUCAGCGCUGACUUGGAUAGCGACUGUCCUUCGUACACACAAUUGACUAUCCAAAGCAGUAUUACUCAGAAUAUCUACAAUUUUGCACCACUAGCAUAGGUGAAUAAGCCACCAUGUCAUUGACUCUUCUAGCCACGGAGCUAUUGCUCCAUGUAUUUCGUUCAUGUGAAACCAUAUCAGAUAUAUUAAACCUCGCAUCAACCUGCCGACGACUUCGUAUUGUCUUUACUCAAUCCAAUAAGCUACAGAUCUUCGCCGACAUCGCUGAGCGCGAGUUCGGUCCGCUGGACGAGAUCAUUCAACUCGUAACGCAAAACGCAAGUCAACCAGCUCACUUGAAGCGCACGGCUCCCCUGACCGAUUCCCUCCUCAAGCAAAUUGUCCAAGCCGGACGUGUCGCCCAGAAAUGGGAGACGAUCUACCCCGUCAAGAAAUGGAAGGCGGACUAUGAGAACCGGCGAUCAUUGACGGAUGACGAGCGAUUUCGCCUCCGUCGCGCCAUCUACCGACUGUGGCUCUACCAUCGCGCGUUCCACAAUCGUACCCAUGAUAGAUUCGGCCGUCACCUCCCACACGUGGUUACCGAGCGCGCACAACUCCUGCAUAACUGGUCUACGCAGGAAUUGGCCGAUAUCGAGGAUGUGCGCCUCAUUAUCACCGAUAUUGUCCAGAACCAUAUCUGUCCUAGUAACGGGACAAUUCAGCGAAAGUUUCGCAAACGCUACCCGGAAAGUCACCAUCAGUUAGCAUUUAACAUCCAUCUGAAUUAUCCAGCACCCAACAACCCCCUUGGAUCUUCUGGACUCUUUGAUAAAAGCCCCGAUUCCGUCAGCCAGUACUAUCAUACCGCCCACCCUGGGCGUUCCGCAGAGUCUCCAGCCAAAUACAGAUCUAGGUUCCGCAAUGAUUUCUUCCAUGACCCCGGCUCGGAAGGCUGGGGCGACGAAAUUCCACACUACUACGUGGUGCAGGAUAUGAUGAAGCUCGACCCGGGCCAGGUUCUCUGGCUGCGCGAACAUGCGCCGUUAAAAGAGCAAGUUGAGAGCUAUGUCCAGUCCCUAGGAGAAUGGUUCCGCGAUAACGGAGAGACAUUCGGCGAUACAUUUGAAUGGGUAAUGAACGAGAGAGGCGACGACAUCGAAGAAUUCAGGGCCGCUAUUUCAGACCGGGAAGUCGGAAUCGUGUGGGAUUAGUACUUGGCAUAGAAUACGCAUAGGCGCUAUGGUGUAGUACCAUAAUAAUGCAUUACCAAGAAGCUAAUGCAAUAGCAAUCAUCGAACCCCCCAAAUCCUUCACAAACACACAGAUCCCAUCAGCAAGCAAGGAUAACAAACACACCGAGGGAUUACCGGCCACCCACUCACCACAUCAUAAAAUCCCUCAUAAUAAGCUACCGCCUCACCUCCCUACAGUAAUUUCCAGUCUUGUUCCCCAAAAUAGAAAACCCCGACUGCAAUCUAACCAUCCCAUCCAGUUCGGUCGUGGAUGCAAAGACGUUCUGGAAUCCAAUCAACUUAAUUAUACCCUCUCCUUCCUAGUACUCCCUGAUCGGCCCACCCUAAACCACACUCAGGGUCAAGAAUGUCGACUGGGGCUCUGGGGAUGGAAUGGAGAGAGCUAAAGAACACAGCACCAAUGGGCGACUUCGCAGUGGGUUUUAGAGGGAGUAGGGGAGGCUCCGGCGUGGAAUUUAGGUACUAGGGUUAGGGUGGUUAGUUCCAGUGGGGACCUUUGAGCGGGAGGAAUAAUAAUUAAUUUAAUUUUAAUAUAUUAUUUGAUUAUUUUCCCUCUAGAGAUUUUCCAUAUGUAUACAGAGUUAUAGUCAUGAUUAUUGCAUCUCAUGUAAGGAUAGGCAGCAGUGAGGCAAUGGUGUUGACUGUGACCAUGGAUUGUUGCC